AUGCGAUUUGGGAAAAAGGGAAACUUAGCACCGCGCUUUAUUGGCCCGUUCGAAAUUCUCGACAAAGUUGGUACUCGAGCCUACCCACUAGCCUUACCACCCACCUUAUCCAACUUUCACAAUGUGUUCCACGUUUCCAUGCUACGAAAGUACAUUCGCAGCCCGGGCCAUGUGUUAAAAACCGAACCAAUCGAACUAAACCCUAACCUUUCCAACGAAGAGAAGCCUUCCCAAAUAUUUGAUUUCAAAACCAAAACCCUCCGAAACCGAUCCCUAAACUUAGUUAAAAUCCUUUGGCAAAACCAUGCACCCGAAGAAACCACGUGGGAACGAGAAGAAGAAAUGCGCGAACGAUACCCCGAAUUGUUCAG